GAGCAUUUUCCGAGGUUUUGGAAGCUCCAACGGUGUUCCUGAUGUUUGAGUUUCUCGAAACAUUGCAUUUCUUAUUCUUCGCACUUGGUAUGUCCAGAGGUGGAGGUAGCCAUUUCAAUCUCAUGACAUUUUGAGGUUUUUGGAAGUUGGUGAAGUUUGGGAGAGUCUCAUGGCAGUCUCUCGGGUGCAAUGUCUGCGUAGGGUUUUACUGGAGUCUCGUCUGGGAAUAGCCACAUCGGGGACGAGAUUGUUUAGCACGGGGCUGGAAGAUGCGUCGAGUGGAGUGGGAUCGGCCGAGUCGGUGCGGCCGCCUGUUGUUGAAGGCAGCAAUGGAGGGAAGAAGGUUGUUGGUCAAGAAUUAGCUAUGAUGAGACGGGAGUAUGAGAAGCAGAUGUCGGAUCUGCGGAAGAAGUUUACCGCUGACGAGGAACGGAGAAAGAAGGAGAAGCGACAGAUGGAGCUGAUUACUCGUGAGAGGAUUAUGGUGGAGAAAGAGAAGCGGUUGGCACUUAAGAAGGAAAAAUCGCAGAUCCGCGCCGUAGAAGUUGCAGAAGAGAUGAAAGCUCUUCGUGCUAGGCUCGAGGAAGAGAGGAAAUCUAGGGCAGCCCGACGGCAGUUUAGAGAGAAGAGACUUCUUCGAUUAAUUUCGAAAGAAAAGGAAGCAGUCCGACAGCAAAGUUCUAUGUGGAUUGAGGAGAAGGACUUAGAGCGACGCAUAUUGGAUGCCUUAGUCGAUCCGUUUUAUUUGUCUGGUUCUUAUGCGUUGCCAGAUAGAGAUGAACCCAUGUCCAUCGGUGAUGAUAGUGAUGAAGAUGAUGAAUAAAAAAAAUGAGCAGGUGUUAUGGAACGUUAGAUCAGCUCACAAAUCAUCUUUUUAGACAUUUAUCUUCAGUCAGGAUAGUCUACAUGAUUCAUAUGUCGACUCUUUUUAUUACUCUUGGUGUUACUCUUGUUACUCCUUAUCUCCUCUUGGCCUCUGUCAACAUAGUAGUUGAGUACAUUUGAGAUAUGUGCUACGUUCUCUCUCCGAAGGAAAAACAGCAACUAUGGUGAUGCAGGCAGCGUAGGGAAUCAGCUACCAUUCAGUUUAUGGUUAGGGAGUACUUAAGUUAAAUGAGGGACGCAACCCACUUGGAAUUCAGGGUGUGCAGAGGUAUUCAACCGUGGAAGAAAAUCGCUGGUCUCGGACUCAGUCCUCACCAUCUCAAUCGGUUGCAGCACCCAAUUUGUCAGCUUUUUUUCGCAAGAGUUGCUCAGACUAAAUGCACGGAACUUUUUUUGCUGUUCA